AUGCACGUCGAUUCAAGCUCAAGCUGUCCAACACGACUCUACGGCACUCGCACAGCACCAAAAUCCAACACAAUCGAAGAGCAUCAAUGUGCCCUGCAACGUGUAAUGUUCGUUCCUAGGCAACUCCAGAAGAAAGCUCUACGCCAACAGCCGAAGGAGCCUGCCCCUCUCGUCCCACCCGAGAAAUCUACCAAGGAUGAUCACAUCGACCCGACUUUGGCGAAGGAGAUGGUGAUGACCCUCGAGAUAUUAUUUUCGGAUUAUGGAAUCGAGAGUGGCCCCCCUGAAUGGUUCUCCGCAAGGAUGCGGUCCGUGGAAGGGGAGAGUGAUUGUAAGAAUGUGUUUACUCGAUUGUUGAUCACUUUCCGCUGACUGAACGAGCGUUAGUUAUCCAUCUGUCUGCGCUAUUGGACUGUCCGCUGUUGGCUGAGAUGAAGCCGAAGCCAUCGCAAAUGACCUUUCGAAAGGCCCUCACUCAAUAUCCCUCGGACUUUUUGCAAGUGGGUUUGAUUCAAAAGCCACCCGUGUUGUCAAUGCAGCUAACUUUAGCCACAGUUGAGCAAAGACAAAUACUAUAUCCGGCGGCGGCAUGAACACCUACCCUCUCCGAAAUCUCCCGUGGGCCAUCAGAAGGGCUCGGAUGAUUCUACAAUUUACAUUGUGGGUCUCCCCCCUCGCGGCCAUUUGACUGCCGAUGUAUAUGCUGAUUUUACCCUCCCCCCUUCCCUGCCAAGGAGCCUCAUGUUACAGGCAUAACUCUAAACCCCGGAAGGGUAGCUAGGAUGCUAUCGCAAUCAGCGAUGCCGAGAAAAUACCUGCCGGUGCAGUUUGUCGAGGCUGGUGAUACUGCAUGGGCAUUUGUGAUACUGUCCACCGCAGUAUCGCACGAAGACGCAGGGAAUCAGGAAUUGUGGCCAAGGGACUGGAUAGUCAUGACCAAGUGAGUCCACAGCCAUCAAAUACCUCAUGCAAAAAAUAGCUAACUCGGAUAAGGCAUGAAUGGAGAAGGAGAGACGAGGAAUACCAACAGCUGCGGAGGAGGCGGCCAACCCUGUCCACGCGCACAAGGCUACCAGAACGCCACGACAGGGCGUCUGGUUCGUCGGCUCAACAGAUGUGGCCUGAUCGGCCGAGUGCCCCAACCGUCCCUGCAGAUCCAGCCUCCGCCCGGGAAGACUAUCAAAGAAACGAAGCCGCCGAUUAUGAAUUCGGACUAAUUGUCUAUCUAACUAACCUGCACCCGCUGACAACCAAAGAAACCAUUACCUCUUUUAUCACCCGGCAGGCGGAUCGAUAUAACCGAAAAAAGAGCUCAUCCAAAGCCAAGGGAAACCUCGUUCCAAAAGACGAGGAUGGGCCCCCGGUAAAUAUUAAUUAUGUCGAUUACCAGAAGGGAUUAACGACCGCAUACCUGCGGCUGCGCAAAGUGCAGGACUCGGAGUUGGUGGUCUCCGCGCUGAAAAAGCGGAAACGCAGGAUGCAGGAUGGCAACGACAAGAAAGGGAAGAAGGUUACAGCCGAUAGUGGCAAGAAUGAUUGGGUUCAGGCUACAAACGUGGGGGGGAACGAGGAGAGAAUCUAUUGGGAAAAGGUUCUCGCUGCCAAAUGGGGAGGGGGAGGGAAAACCAAACGGAAACGGCCGUCACAGCCCGUCACCUUGGAUGUCCGGCCAUCCGGCGAGCGCGAACAGACUAAUGGUGGAAAGCCCCCCAAGAAGAUCAAAUUUUCAGACUAAAUUUUUAUAAUGAAACUAUAAUUCAAUUACUCUGGAGAACACUGUUCUGGCUGUGUGUAUAGCACAAAAUAAUUCACCCAUCAGCCCAGCACCAACAUG